AUGCAAUUAUUGCCCGAAUGUUUCGAUGCUCUUAGAUACCGUGCUUUUUGGGAACAAUCGGAGAAAAAUUCACUUAAGAAAUUCUUGGAUUUCCGUUUACAAGAAGUGUCGGCGGACUACCUUGUGGGUUGCAUGCUCACAGGGGAAAGGUUGUCCAUCGGUCGUGACGAAAAGAAUUCAAAGGAAGUAAAUAUUUUUUGGGAUCUGCAGGCUAAACAACAGAACAAACCCGACAUGUUUUGGAUGCGUCGAUAUAGACCCGGAAUCAGUGUCUUUCUGUACAAAAAACGUUCACCAGUGAGCGUACCUAUAAGACACGGAAGAAAUAUCCCAAAUUAUUGCGAAACUGAUGAACCAGAAUAUGAACCCAAGAGGAUAAGGAGAGAAAGUAAUACCCGUUAUUCAGAGGUGACAGAACCUCAGCAAUCUGCCACACCGUAUUUAACACCGCCGAUGACGGAGGUCGCUGAAUCUUCAAGCUCAAAUUCAUAUUUAGGGAAUUUAGACGGAUCUAAGAAUAAAAAUUCAAGAUCACAAUAUGUCCGUGAUGAACCUAGUUUCGUGAAAGCACGCCAUGUCCAAGUCCAACUCGCAACCAUUGAAGAACAAGUGUAUGAGAAAAUUAUAAGCAUGCUUCAGCCGGGAAACAAAUCGGUUAUAAAUGAUUCGAUAGUCAAAAAGCUUGAAAACAUAUUUCAAGCAAGUUAUUUCGAAAUCGAAUCUCGCAGUGCUUUUCCUGAUGUCAAGUACAUGUGGUUAGAAAAAGAUGUAAGAUCCAUAAAAGAGGCGAACAUCAUGUUUACGAAUAAUUUUGGUGAACGAAAAACGGAUUUACUCAUUCUCAGAUUGUCAGAUGCAAGAGAGUUUUUGAAUGUCGAAGUGUCUGGGCCUCCCUAUAAUCUACGAAAAAACACACGCAUUCAAGUUAUAGGAGGUCGACUUACAUUGUUUGCUGUUUCUCUAACAGACAAAAGGAAAUAUUUGGCUGUUGAAUUGGCCUCUUACAUAUUCGUGGAACAAGGAAAAUUACAAAAGAAAAUUCGUUCCUUUAUUCCAGAUAACAAUUGUUCUGAAAAUUUAAGAGAAUGGUUACAUAUACCGGAUGAUGAUAUUUCACUUUUUACAGAAGAAGAUAUGGAUGAAAUAUUACUUUGA